UGAGAUUUGCUGUUUAUUUAGGUUCCAUUUUACAAAGUAAAAUGAUGCUUACAUUUGGCGCGCUUUUGUGGGAGUAACGUGGUUUUGGCGCGCUUUUGCGCCACGCAUGGCACGCAUGUUUGGCGUGCCUCGAGCGUCAGUAAUGGCGUCUCGAGAGGCAGCGACACUUCCCGCUAAAUAAAAAUGGCGAGAUUCGAUCGAAAAUUUAACUCGAGACUUUGAAAAAUAGAAGUAGGACAUAGCCAGUCUUUUUUUUUAGAAGUAACGCGAACAUAAUUGAAGGCGAUUGAGAAGCUGUACAAGAACACAGCUAAAGUUACGACACAAAAGCGCGCCAAAACUGCUAGUAUCGCGAUGCUUCGCCACAAGAUGGCGCGGACAAACAUCUCGCGGAAAACAACGGUUACGCACGCGAGGACAAUAUUUAUAAAAUAAAUUUAUGAAGUCUCGAUAAGAAAUUCAAAUAUAAAAUUAUUCUUAUCGCGGAAAUAAUUAUGUUUGCAUUCUCGUGUACACGCAGAUACCCGAUAACAUAACGGUCGAUUUUGAUCAUGUGCUACGUAUAACGAAACGAGAGACGAAGGUCGCGUCGCGUUGUCGCCGUCGUCGUCGUCGUAACCAGCGAUAUGCUUCGAUCGUUGUUAUUAAUAGCAUACGCGCUUCACAAAUAAUGGCCGGAUUAAUUCACGCGCUCGUCACGCGUUCCUCGUCGUCGUAUUAUACCUUCGUGUAUUUUUGGCGGGAGGGCAAGAAAGAGAGAGAGUGAGAGAGUCGCCGAGUCCUCGAAGACGUGAAUAUUUCACGGCGACUUUACUUUCGUGUUGGAGAGCGGAACAAUUGCGGUUCCGUGUCGCGAGUUUCGUAAGCGAGAAAAAACUUUUCUCUCCGUCGUACGUUUUGUAACAAGUAAUCGACGAUCGCGUCGAAGAAAGUUUUCAACACCGUGCGAUACGUCGUCGUCGCCGGGAAGCAAGCGAGGAUUUCCCCUCGGAGAGCGGACGGUCUGUUUGGGUGGGGAAAAUCGAUAGGAAGAGGCGAGUUCAAAGUGCCCGAGGGAGAGUACAUACACGCGGCGUGUGUAUUCAUUGACGGCUCUCUCUCUUUCUCUCUCUCUCUGUCUCUCUCAUUUUCUUCAUUCGCGAGUAGAGGGAACGAGCCGAUCGACAAUUAUCUUCCUUACGGAUAUCGCCGGCGGCAAUGUCAAAAGAGAGGAGGCGUCUCUCCUCCCGGCGGGAGAGGAACACCGUUGCGUCUCGAUGAGGACCGUCGCGACGAGUGGCGUCGUGAGGAAGAAACGUCCGCGUCGCGUGUCGCGCUGCUGCGACGACAGCUGUGUGCGGUGUCCGCGCGCAGGAGAAAGAUGCUGAGGAGGCUGAUGUCCGACGGCUCCUGACAGUCCUGACGGCUUCUCGCAAACGACGGGAUCGGCUGCGAAAAAUGACCGCCGAUCGGCGGCUGGUGCGCGCUCUCUGCGCGCUGCUGCUCUGCCUCACGCUGCGUCCGGACUACGCGCACUCCACGCACAUAACCGGCACGUUCAACACGGGCGAGUUCUUCCGGUUCCUCAUCAAGUUCGGCUUCCAAAAGACCGACAGUCAUCGGAAACGGGAGUCGCGCGGCUACAUAUUUGGCAACGUGACCGCGCGAACGGACUUCGACGUGCCGAUCACUCUGGCGAUCCUCGACCGCGGCCACUUUCUCGAGUACUACGGCAAUCGCACGCUGCCGGACAAGAGUGCGGCGUGCGCCUACAUGUUCAACACGCUGAAGGAGAGUUCCUACGAUCGGGACUGCAACGAGGAGGGCCAUGACUUCCUGAGGCGAGUCCCGUGUCCCUGGGACAAAUUGUGCCCAGACGAGGAUUCGGUGUGGAAUAUCGUCAAGGGACAUCAGUUUACGUAUGUCGUACAGGAUAUCUGGCAGCCACGAUUCUGGUACAUGAGCCUAGUGGCGUGCUAUAGAAACAAAACAACCUGCCAGUGGGAAUAUUACAGCAAGCACCACGAGCUCAAGUAUGACAUCUGGCUGGUAAAUGGCAAUCCAAACAUCAGUGGCCUAAACAGUUUGACAUACCAGUUCUCGUAUGACAGACAGAAUACCAUUGAACUGUACUUGCUGUUUUUUGUGUGUUACAUCAUACUAGUGCCGCUGCAGUUGUAUGCAGUAAGAUUGCAAAAGCAUCCUGUAACGAGAUUGUUCACUGCUAGUUUAUUAUUAGAAUUCGUGGCAGUAUGUUUGAUCCUGAUACACGUGUUGAAAUUUGCACUAGAUGGAGUAGGCUAUGAACAAUUAGAGGUUGCAGGUGAUAUUUUUGAUAUUCUGUCACGGACGUCCUUUAUGUUAUUAUUGCUCCUACUUGCCAAAGGAUGGGCGGUAACAAGAAUGGAAUUAACUUGGAAGCCACUGGUGUUUGCUAUAUGGAUUUGUUAUGGGGUUGUUCACAUCUUAUUAUAUGUAUGGAAUAUGACAGAAGUUGAUAUUAUCGAAGACAUAGAUGAAUAUCAAACUUGGCCGGGAUGGUUUAUAUUGUUAUUCCGAAGUGCCAUAAUGGUAUGGUUUUUAUAUGAACUUCGAAACACCAUGGCAUAUGAGCAUAAUACUCAAAAAUUGAACUUUCUCCUUCACUUUGGUGCAUCGUCGUUAGUUUGGUUCAUAUAUUUACCCAUUAUAGCACUUAUAGCGCUUCAAAUAAGUGCGCUAUGGAGGUUUAAGCUGUUAUUAGGUAUAACAUACUCGGCAGACUGUUUUGCUUAUUGUGUAAUGGCACAUUUAUUAUGGCCAACCAGAAGUGAACAAUAUUUUUUACUAGCGCAAGGCGCGGACAAUGGUGACGAGCUAGAUGAAUUCAACGAAGCGCCGCAUGUAUUAAAUAAUUAUGUAGAGCCACCAGAACUCGGUAAGAUAAUUACUUAAUACUCGUCCACACUGGAAGUAUAAUAUUGAAUCAAUGACAUUUUUAAUUACAAGCGAUGUGAUGUACAUUUGCCAAAUGAUCAAUCCAAUAGAAUGAAUAAUAGAAUGAAUACUCUAAUAUGUGCUGAACCGAACUGAAAUAUUGUAUGCACAUUCUUUAAUUAGAGAUAUAUCAAAUUGUAAAAUUCGAAGCUAUGUGAUAUGAAAUUAGUAGACGAUGCAACAAAAGUAAAUGAAUAUGAUAUGAGUAUUUAUAUCAUAACAAACAUAACAAAGUGAACUAACAAUUUUCGAAUUGAUAAAUUAAUAAUUAUCAGUUUUGAUUAUAUUUGUAAGUUUAUAUAUACAAGUAAAAAUGUCAAAUAAUUAAAUAUUAUGUAUUCAUAUUUAUAUAUCUUGAUAAUAUUGGUCUUUAUGUAUGUUACUAAUGUUUAAACAAUUAGUCGACACAUGAUUAUGCACUUAAGUUAAUUGUAAGAUAUAUAAAUUAUAUAUUUUGUUAUAUUAAUUACACAAUAUAUUUUGAUAUAUUUUGUAUAAUUAUACAAAUAUAUAAAAUUACAUAAUUUUAUAUAUAAUAAUAGUUUAAAAAUUUUUUUGCUACAUACAUACGAACUGUUAUUUUACUUACUCAUAUCAUAUUCAUAAAGCUUCAAUUAAAGUAUUAAUUUUUGUUUAUUUCUAAUCACACAAUUUUAUACACAUCUUGAUUUUAUAAGUCUUAAAACUUUUAUAAUAUAUAUGUAAAGAAAACCUCAACAAAGUAUUUGCAUUUUGAUAUUUUUUAAUUCGUCACUACAUCUUGUAAUUAUUCCAUGUCUACUCCAUACCAAGAAUAGUAGAAUGUGCGCUUGAAUAAGAAUGGUGAAAAUAAAAUACUUGUAUAACUUUCGUAAUAUAGUAUUUGAUUCUAGUUCAAUUGGUUUAAAAGUUGUGAUAACUAUAUACAUAAAGUCAUACUGAUUUAUUAAUAACAGACUUAAUAGCGAGAAAUACAGAAUGCUCCAAAAUUAUCAAAUAUUCUUUUAACUAUAGAUUCUUUGACUAGAGGGCCUAUUUUGUAACUCUGGCAAGUAUCGUAAGAAUUGCAAAAUAGAAAUCCAAUUCUCAUAUCAGGAUGCCAAUAGCUUUUGGAGUAAUUAGCGAUUUAAAAAAAUUAAAAUUUUUUAAUAUUAAUCGAAUCUCAAUAGAGAAUCUGAAAGUUAAUUAGAAAAGUAUAUAUGUGUUAAAAUUAAAAGGAUACUUUGCGAGCCACGUGAGAUUAAAUUAAUUUAUCAAUAUCAGCGAUUAAAAAAAUCCUGUUUUUUUCAAUAUAUACACAAAUAUAUAUCUGAAGUUUUGAUUUUUAGUUAGAAGUUAACAAAUUUUUGUUUUUUUAAAUAAAUCGUUUAUUUUUAAACGACAAAUCUUAGUUUUAUUUGAAUCUCUUAUUCACCUGUUUCAUGGAGGGUUAACUCUCCCAACAGCUAAGGAAAAAUAAAACAUUGAGUAGAGAAGCUAAGAAAACAGUAUUUUUGGUACGUUUUGUGUGAGCUUUUCAUGUCUAUUUUUGUUCUUAUUUUAUAAAAAGAUUAUCUUUUAAAGUAUGUAAUGUUAAACAUUGUUAUUUAAACCAGUUUGUCAUUAGAUAGGCAACAUACAAAUAAUGAUCACAAACACAGAAAGUGAAAACGCACCUAUGCAACAUUCUUCCGAUUUUAUUUAAGUUGGUUCACAUGUUAAUUGCACAUUGAUGAAUAAAAUAUAAAUACUUUAUAUAAAAGAUGAUCUGAUAUGCGAGUUUACGCUAGUAAGCGCGCGUUUUCCUGUCAUACUAUUAUUGCUCAAUCUUGUAAUAACUUAGAUAAUGAUUGCAUAUAUAUUCUCUUGAGAAUAUUUUAAUGCUCAGCGUACAUGUACAUGUGUGGGAGAGAUCGAUAAAAUCUUUAUGAUAUAUUUAUAUUUUUAAUAUUCACUGAAGCGAAAGCAAUUUAAUGGUUUUUUUCUAUGUAUAUUAUCUAUGUUUAAGUUAUAUUUAGAAUUUUAAGCACACUUUUUUUGAAAAGCACAUUUAGAAUUGUUAUCAAUACAUGUUACAAAUCAUGUUAAUGUUUCUGUGAAUAACAAUGUGUUUAAUAUACGUACAUUUCUUUUAUAUAUAUAUAUAUAUAUAUAUGUAUAUAUAAAAUUUAUUUUCAAAAGUAAAUGCGUGUUUUCUAACAUGUCUUGAAAUGCUUUUUAUAGAUAAAUGGUUAGCAAAUAUUUUAGUAUGAUAAAAUUGUUAUAUCACUACAGUCCAACUAAACAGAAAAGAUAUCUUAUUUAAUUAAUUUUUUUGCCAGGAUAGAUAAUGUAUUAUACAACUUGAUAAUAAUAAAUUGUUUUAUAUACCUAA